GUUCUCCCUCCGGCCUGCAGGGGGCGACAGAGCAGCUCAGAAACAACCACCGAGUCAGUGUGCUGUGUUUACAUGUAGCGGAGCUAGCUUUAGCCUUAGCUUCUGCUGAGCGGUGAGUGUCGGAGCAGAGAGGUCAAAGGUCAUCUGGUCUUCAACAUGGUCAAACAGCAGAGGAGAUCAGACAGGUGUUUUGUACCUGUCUCUGGGGGGUGUAACAGCGUGACGCAGGUUCAGUUCCCCGUCGGCCUUAUACAGAGGAAACACCUCCUGACUCAGCAGGGUUCAGCGACAGGAAGCUGCAGCUCCUCCACCACAGAAGAAGAGAGAGGAGAGAUAGCAGGAGGAGGAGGAGGAGGGACGAAGAGGGCAAGACUGGACGGAAGUGAAGAGGCCGCCGCUCUGACCAAUAGAGAGAGAGUCUCAGGGUCAUGUGGUCAACCAGGAAGUGAGAGCUGCUCCACAGCAGAUGUCUCCUCCAGACCUCCUCCAGAGCAGCAGGGCUCAGCAGAGCUCAGUGAGGACAGCAGAGCAGCUGAGCUGCAGAGCGUGAGGUCACUGAAGGUCACCAUCCAGCAGAGCAGUGAGAGCAGAGAGUUCGGACAGACGGACAGACAGACAGGUGGACUCCACUGUCACGUCUGUAACCUCACCUGUCGCUCCCUGCAGGUGUUUCAGGAGCACAUGACUGGAUCAGAACACCUGAAGAAACUGAAGGAGAUGACACACUCCAUCUGCCUCAACACACACACCCUGCAGGACAGGGGGCGUCGGCCUGAUACGCAGCGCUGGUGUGACACGUGUCAGACUCACUUCAGCGGCGACGUCAUCGUCCAUCGACGGUCGAAACAACACAAGACGUGUAAGCAGCUGAGUCGUCCCUUCUGUCCCGUCUGUAAACGUCACUUCAGGACUCCCAGGAAGUUCGUGGAACACAUGAAGUCUGCGGAGCACAAAGAGCAGGUGCACCUGCAGGAGGCUCAGGAGGAGGAGCUGAUCACUGUGGACGCUGUCGGCUGCUUUGAGGGAGAGGAGGAAGAGGAGGAGGAUGAAGAAGAAGAAGAGGUAGAAGUAGCAGAUGAAGAAGAGGAGGGUGGUGUAGGAGAAGAAGAAGCAAAGAAGGAAGUGAUGGAGGAACAACCAGACGUUGAGGCAGCUGACACACAGGAAACAGACAGUGAGCAGUAUGACUCCCACACCAUAUAUGGAAGUAGUUUUGUGCUUCCUGUUUCUGGCUUCCUGUGUCGACUGUGUAACAAGUUCUUCUACAGAGAGACGACAGCACGACACACACACUGCCGGACACACACACACUACCUCAACCUGCAGAGACGCAGAGCUCAGAGGACACACGAGGACCAGGACAGAUCUGCUCUCACCUGACCUGCUCACACUCUGUCCCACAAUGCACCUGUGUAUCCAGCUGAUGGACUGAUGAUGAUGAUGAUGACAUCAUCUGCUCUCUGAAUUUUUUUGUUUUUUACUUUGUAUUUAUGAACAAAUUAUUCAGACAGUAAACAAAAAGAAAUCAACAGUAUCUCUGAGGUGAUGAUGAUGAAGGUGAUGAUGAUGAAGGUGAUGAUCAGUACAUCAGUUUGAUUUAUAAUAAAGUAUCACACAUUGAAUAUGAGAGAGUUUAUCUGAGGGAGCUGCAGAGGAAACUGACUGAGUGUCAAGCCUCAGAUUCAGAUUCAGGAGGAUGAUGUGGAUCCUGGUCCUGGUCCUGAUCCUGGUCCUGGUCCUGGUCCUGGACCUGUGGAGCAGCUCCUUACUGUCACAGGGCUGCUGGAGGGGUCGGGGGGGUUUGUCCAUCCAGGCUACAUGUGUUAGUGGAGUUGGAGACGACUGUGUCCCACGGGGAGUCCUGUCAGGAGUCCUGUCAGGAGUCCUGUCAGGAGUCCUGUCAGGAGUCCUGUGUGUGGGGUCGUUACUUCGAGCCAUCCGGUCUCUGUAGGACCAAAGUGAGACUCGGCACAGUGUCAGACACGUCCUCAGUGGGUGCUGUCUCUUGUCUCUGAUCCUGGUUGUGAUACUCAUGGCCAGGAUCUCAGGGUGCAGCCGGGGGGAGGGGUCUGGUCUCUGCUCUUUGCAGAUGAUGUGGUUCUGUUGGCUUCAUCUCACCGUGACCUCCAUCAUGACCUGUGGAGGUCAGCUCCUCCCAGUGUGAGGUCAUGGUUCUAUGCUGGAUUGUUCCGUCACUGUCUGUAAUCUUAUUGAAGAAGGUCACAUCUGUCCUCAUCAGGGACGAGUCUCAGACAGAGGUGUGAAUGUUUCGCUGAUCAAGUUUUGUUUUGUGUGUUUCCACUGAGCUGUGUCUCUGUACUGACUCCUGGUGGCCGUCAGAUGAACUGCAGCUUUAACUCAAUCAGGUUUUUAGAUGGAAGGAAUUUGCUUCAGUGUUUUGGUGCAGAGACAAAAACAUAAAUAUAGAAAGGAAAAAAAUUACAAAAACAAUAUUUGUGUAUUUUGUGUUUCAUAUUGUUUGUUUCAGAGCUGUAUAUUUUUACUUAGUAUUUAUGUUCUGUGUAACUUUAUGUCACUGUGUCUCUGCCAGGACACUGUUGAAAAGGAGACAUUGAAUCUCAGGAGGUUUUUCUGGUUAAAUAAUUAAAAAUAAAAUAAAAAUGAAAGCA